AAAGAUAACGGUCGUCGUUGUGAUGACUGACCAAUAGCCUAAAGCAACUCGAUUCCUAAGAAACGGUUCAUUUCUUUGUCUCUCUUCUAACGGUAAAAGAGGAUCGCUACUUUCGUAUGCACCAUCUUCAUUUAGUUCCGUCUCAAAACUGGGAAAUGCUUGGUCGAUUCUCAUCUCCCUGAAAUCAAAAAAUGGCUUUACAAACUGUGCAGAAAUUAAUUUUCCAAGCGGCUAGUGAAGGAUCGGUGGAUCUGUUGAACGACGUCAUCCAACAGCACGGGCCUUUAUCCAAAGUGAUUGCAAGUCUCACUGGAUGCAACGAUGAAGGGGACACUCCUUUACACGUAGCCAUCCGAAAUGGGCACCAUCAAACGGUUGAAUUUCUUUUAGCUAAAAUACAGGAAUGCAUCGUGAGUAGCAUCAACGUAAUCAAUUGCAAAACGAGUUCUCCGUUUUUGUGGCAAGGAAAACCAUCGACUCAAAUGGCACAUUGUCUCGGUCUUUGUGAGCAAGUGCCCGUCAUGUACAUCAUGGAACAUUUGAUCGGAACGAUCAUGCCUAAUUACUUGUGUUGGUUGGAUUUCGUGUUGAACUGCGUCAUUAAAAGCACAGUCAGUCGGUCGGAGAAGAUUGUUGCUCUGGAACUGUUAGGAUCUGCUUUCAUCUUCUUACAUUCUCAACACCCACCAGAUAGAACGGGCUGUCGUCAAGGAUUGCACUGCUGGCACGAAGCCAUGAUUCUGCGCCAUUCCACUAGAGACGAUGUCAUUCCAAAAAUCCCUUGUGAUUCUUCUGAAAUUGCUCGCAAUGCUUACGGAGAUGCUGUUGAAUUGAUGACUGUCCAACAACUGGAACAAUUGAUGGAAGAGGAAUGUUCAGUUCGAAGAUUCUUGAAAGACUGGGAAGCCAUUUGCAUGGAACCACUACGAAUUCAAGCUUUGCUCGUUCUCGAACGAAUUUUCAAACAAAAUCAACGUCACAGUCCCAAUUCGUUUCAUCUCAAAUUUUUGCUCGAUUACGUAUACGAAUGCGAAGCUCGUAAACAGUUUACCAAAGUGAUCAACAUCUGCUUACUGAUUCUGGAAGAGUGCAGCGAUUUGAAACAAACGUCGUCUCCUAAAUGUAUCGAUAUUUUCAUCCAAACUUUCAUCAUCGUAUUUGAUUGUUUGAUGCAACCGAGCACGUCACCCAACGUGGCCAAAGAAAAGUUUUCAAACACCAAUUUCCUGCUCAUCGUCAAAUUGAGUUCUACGAUCUUAAAGAACCUGUCAACAGGACCGGACUUGUCCAUCGUCGAUCCGAAAUUGGAAAAGUACGGCAUUUUAAAGAAAUUCGUCAAGUUAAUCGCCGUUUGGUUGUCUUGGCUGAACGAGGAAGAACAAAGACAACUCGAAGAAUACUUACACGAAUUCAUUCGUCUCGGUGCACCUGAUGGCUAUUCGAGUCCACUUCAUUACGCCAUUUGGGUCUUUGUUUCGCACGGAGUGGUCAUCAGUUUGAACGCGGUCAAACUCAUCCAGCUGUUCCUCAGACUCGGAGCCAAUCCCAACACGUUCGAUCAGAACGGCAAGACUCCGAUGCAUUGCCUGGCCAAUCAUUGGUGCUGGAUCAUUUACCUGGAUCUGUACUUGACCGUGUUCCAGUCAUUGGUGGAUGCUGGUGGUCGACUAGACAAAGCCACACCCGAAGGAGAAACAGUGAUGAGCAUUUUGAAAGAGCAGCGGAUUAAAUUGUCUCCCCACAUUAAUCGAUUUGAUCCCUAUCUGGAAUCGAUGAUGAACACUGUUCUACCUUUCUCCUUGUCCGACCUUUGCGCCCAGGUGAUACGCCAUCGUCAAGUUGCGUACGAGCAUCAACUCCCGUGCAGUUUGCAAUCGUUUGUUCGGCGUGACUACACUGUUCAUCGCAAACACUUUUGAUUUUGACAUGUAAAAUCAUCUCUCGUUUUUGUCGAUUGAAAUACAAAUUGGUGUAAUAUAA